AUGGAUAUCACGAGAAAGAGUAAAAAGAAGAAAUUGGUGAAGGAAGGCGGGAAGGAUGAGAAGCGUGGGGUUUGCUACUUGGGUCGGAUUCCUCCUCGCAUGGAUCCUUCAACACUUCGUCAGAUGCUCUCUCAGUUUGGAGAGAUACAAAGGGUUUAUCUUACACCUCAAGACCCUUCUGCUCAAGUACAUAACAUCCGAGCUGGUAAAUUUCAAAGGCAAAACUUUUCAGAAGGGUGGGUUGAAUUUUCUGACAAAAGGGUUGCUAAGAGAGUUGCUAAUAUGUUAAAUGGUGAACAAAUAGGUGGGAGGAAGAGGUCAUCUUUCUACUACGAUCUUUGGAAUAUCAAGUAUUUAAGUAAAUUCAAGUGGGAUGAUCUUACUGAAGAGAUUGCUUACAAGAAAGCCACUCGGGAGCAAAAACUAGCUUUAGAAAUAUCUGCUGCUAAGAGGGAGCGGGAUUUCUAUCUCUCUAAAGUUGAUAAGUCCCGUGCUUUGAGUUGCAUAGAAGAAAGAUUGAAAAAGAAGCAAAAGGUCGAAGAAGAUCCAGGACUAAAGCAAAAGGCCGAAGAAGAUCCAGAAAACAAGCCUGAUCUCCCUGUUAGCCAGCCAAAACGGGAGGUAAUUCGCCGGUUCCGACAGAAGACCCCUGUUGCAGAUAAUGCUGCCGAAAUCAGACCUCGGCUCUCGAAAGAUAUACUUGCAGGGGUAUUUGGUGGUUCUUAG